AACCCAAUAGAAUCAGGAAGCGGCAAAUACAUGAUUGACAGAGCAUAGAUUUUGCACGAGUUCAAACGCUCGAGUGUCGUGUCUCGCGGUGUUGGAGUAAAUUAUGUAGAAAUGUUACACGCGAGUGAGAGAACCGAGCUAUCGGAUCUGGACGUGUCCGAUGCUGCUACUUAUACUUUUAUUCCCUCGCAGAUACGACAUCCCAAGGAUGAAACCCAAUGCAUUCAGUGCCGUCGUGGCACGCUACCCGACGAAACUCACUCGACGUGCCGCGACAUCCCGGAAGAGUUUUUACGCCCGGAAAGCGGAUGGGCGAUAGGUGCGAUGUCUUUGUCCGCCUCGGGGAUUCUGGUGACGUUAUUUGUCUGCGGCGUUUUCCUCAGACACAACGACACCCCUGUCGUGCGUGCCUCCGGACGAGAACUGUCCUACGUACUCCUCCUGGGGAUUCUGCUCUGUUACCUCGUCACGUUCACCCUGGUGCUCAAACCCACGAACGUUGUCUGCAGUAUUCAGAGAUUCGCCGCGGGCUUCUGCUUCACUGUGGUAUACGCGGCUCUGCUGACGAAGACCAACCGCAUCUCGAGGAUCUUUCGCGCCGGCAGCGCGAAGAGGCCAUCCUUCAUAUCGCCGCGGUCGCAGCUCAUCAUCUGCUGCGGAUUGAUAUUCGUCCAGAUUCUAAUUAACGCGAUCUGGAUGAUCAUCGAUCCCGCACGAGCGAUGCAUCACUACCCCAUGAUGGAGGACAACCUGCUCGUCUGCAACAACUACAUCGAUGCUAGCUACAUGAUCGCGUUCGCGUUUCCCACGGUACUGAUCGUCGUAUGCACCGUCUACGCCAUCCUCACGAGAAAGAUUCCGGAAGCCUUCAACGAGAGUAAACACAUCGGUUUGACAAUGUACACGACGUGUGUCAUAUGGUGCGCCUUCGUACCUCUGUACUACGGCACCGGCAGCAACAUUGCGCUGAGGAUUACCUCGAUGUCGGUAACCAUCAGUCUUUCCGCGUCUGUGACGCUGAUCUGCCUCUUCAGUCCGAAGCUGUACAUCAUCUUAAUUCGACCCGAGAGAAACGUGCGCCCCACCGUGAGAGCAGGAAGGCCCAACCAGACGAGAAGCUCGGCGAUAACUGCCACGAACGCAUCUAUGAUGGGACCGGUAACAGCGACGACAGUUCUGACAGCCGCAACUUGCGAUCAGAAUAAAGCCCUCAAUAAACAUAUCGCGUCCACCAUAGACUGCUCUACUCAGAGCGAAUGCUACGAAUUGGAGCUGAAGGAUCAGAAGAACGGGAAACCGCCGGCAACGUGCACCUCGCGAUCGACGCAAACGACUAACAAGGACGAGGAGCACCACGUGGUGACGAGCAACAAGGAAUCGCCGGACGUGAUCGCAUCCGCGAGCAACAAGGAAUCGAAAAGCAACACGACGACGACGACGACGACGACGGCGCCGACGAAACGGCUCAACAGUAACGCGAGGAUAGGCAACGGGCCGCUUUCCCAGAGCGACGUUUCCUUAUAGCGGAAGACGGAACUGCCCAGAACGGAAUCCCCCGUGUUAGCCGUUAGUCUAAAACCGAUUUCAAAGAAACCCGUCAUCGUCUGAUCCACCCUAUUGUAUUGGGUUGUUCGGAAAGUAAUUUCGUUUUUCACAAAGAGAUGUCGUUAGUCGCGUUCCUCGAUACUUAACCUUA